AUGGUCUACUUGGUACACUUGCCAGUGAUAUCGUUCACAUUGACUGGAGUGCCAUGCAGUAUAUUGAUAGCUGUUUGCGUUGGUUCGUUGGUAUUGGGUGCUGCGUUCCAUAUGGUGUUGAUUUCUUCGUUAUACGCAGAAUAUCAUGGGCAUGCACCACUGUCAUAUGUGAAUGAGACCUUUUCGUGGUUGAGACCUGAUUCCGCCAGAGGCUUUACCAUUGUGCUGUUGGAUGCAUACAUAGUGAUGGUUCAAGUAUUUAUCGGUAUUUUAUGUUAUCGUCGUUUCGAAAAGUUGGGUCACGUGAUAGCUGCGUACCGCACGCAUCCCGCUCAUUUUUUGGGUUCUUUUGAUUCUCUUAAUGAACUGGAGAAAGAUUUUCUACCCCCGACUAAUUCAUCCGAUGCUGGUACAACUAGCACUCAUAGAAAGUCGCCUGAAUCGGUGCCUCGUGAUUCUACGUCGUUGGCAUCAGAUUCUGAUGUUGACGUCGUUUGGGAAAAUUUUGAGAGAGAAAACCUUAAGAUAUCAUCCAAGCGCCCAUCUAAGGAGCGGAUUGAGCCAUGUCGUUUCAAAAAGGUCCGUCGGCCUUCGAGUCGCCUACCUGUGGUAGAGGGGGGUCAAGAGAAUCAAGACCCUAAUGCCGGAGGUCCCCCCUUGGAUGAGAUCAGGAAACAUUACAAACCUAGGCCUGGUGGUUAUGUUGAAUCGUUGCUGCAGUCUGGCAGCAUGAGCGACCAUUCCAAAGAGCCACAAUGGAAUGAAAACGACCGUUUGGCUGGAGCGACCGUUGAUACGGGGGAUGCGCCACAUCAUACGACACGUAAUGUCACUUGGCUUCACCAACCAUCGACUACCUUAUCUGGUUCAUCGUCACCUGUAAGGACUCGAAGCAGAACCCGCACGCACGAUCCACCCGCACGCGAUCACCGUGCCGAGCGCCAUGUGGAAACGGCAUUUAAACACUUGUAUGCCCCCCAAAACAGCAAGCUCGCGGGAUCCACGCUAUUUGAAGAAACUGCUGGACGGUCUCAUAUUUAUUCGGCAUUGGAUACAUUGCGUCAGGUAUCAUUUACGUCCUUCGGAACUCUGACAUCGGAGCGUGUUGGGUCUUCCUUACCUUUACCCACCAACAAAUCAUGGCGCGAGUCUUACGAUGAAUUGCGUAGCAUGACCAGGGGUAUGAGGUCCACACACGAGUCUUCGGGUUCGAGCAAAAUUUCAGAAGAUGACUCCCAGCGGAAACGGAUUUGGUCUUUUGAGGGUUCGGAACAUUAUCGUACUGACCGCACAUCAAGGGAACCGUCACGAACUACAGACGGUUCUCACUCUGUAUUUAGUCCGGGUAAUUUCGGCACAGCGGGUUGUUUGAGUCAGUCAAGUUUCACAACGCCAGACCCUACCGCAACGCAACCUAUAGUAUCUAGUCCCACGAUGAACGCUAUUAUGAGUGUGAUGCCCUCUUGGGGCCACCGUUUGGUGUUAUCAGGUAUAACUGUGGCAAAUCGGUUGAGUAGUGCACGUGAUAUGAUGAACAACUAUGCCUGGACAAACAUACCACGUAUGCCGAGUAUUGGUGAUCUAGGUCUGUUUGUCCACACGAGUUUCGAGUCAUGGUAUGUGGAAUGGAUGCACGAUUUUAACGUGAAAUUUUACACGGUGACGUUUAAGGAGACGCUCAUGAUCUUCAUUUUAUGUGUAUUUUCGGAUACUCUCGUGGCUUUGCGUCUGUACAGCACAUUGACGACUGACGAGGAGCUGGGUAACUUCUUUUCGUGGUCUCGCGUCUUGAUUAUGACGCUACGCUAUUUUGUGUACCCUGUUAGCGUCUUUACUUCGCUUUGGUACAUGACGGUUUACUCUGGAAAGGACCAUUUUUUCUACUUCCGUUCUUUGUUGAUACUGUUCGUAUUUAACAUUUGCCUGACAUUAGUUGACCUUUGGUCGUGUGUCGGAUUGUUCAAAGACGGUUAUGCGCUCCACAAUUCACUGCACGUGUCGAACUUGUUAACUACUAUGAGUCUGACAUUGUUUGCACGUGAGCCUGCGCUGUUAGUGCUAUAUGGGCUAUGUGUCUUUGGUUACUCCAUAUUGUUGUAUUUUGCUGGUUUUACGCUGGGAUACAGCACGUUGGAGAUUGUAACUCAGAUGGUGGUAUCUACUGGUUGUAUGGUAUUUUGCGUUCGACCGAUGGAUAUGAACCGCCGGAAGCUUUUCAGCCUAUACACGCUUCCAUACCUCUUCUACCUGCAGGCAAUGCAUUCUUAA